UGAAUAAAUCAGACGAAAAUCCCAGCUCUAAGGGGGCUUGCAUUUUAAUGAAAUUUGGGAAGACUGGAAUGCAAAUGGGGGAAGACCAGAGACUAGUUUGUAGGAAAACCAAAUAGAAGCCAUGUUUCGAAGACGUGUAUUACAGGUAUUUCACCAGUUUGUAAGACGUGAGUCUGAAAUAGCUAGCAGCUUGGUUCUUGAAAGAUCUCUGAACCGUGUGCAGCUGCUUGGGCGAGUGGGUCAGGACCCCAUCAUGAGACAGGUGGAAGGGAAAAACCCAGUCACGAUAUUUUCUCUAGUGACGAAUGAGAUGUGGCGGUCCGGGGAGAGUGAAGCCUACCAGAUGAGUGAUGUCAGUCAAAAGACAACAUGGCACAGAAUAUCAGUAUUCCGCCCAGGCCUCAGAGAUGUGGCAUAUCAGUAUGUGAAAAAGGGGUCCCGAAUUUAUGUAGAAGGGAAAGUAGACUAUGGUGAAUACACAGAUAAAAAUAACGUGAGGCGGCAAGCAACAACAAUCAUAGCUGAUAACAUUAUAUUUCUGAGUGACCAGACCAAAGAGAAGGCGUAGAAUGGACGAUUCUCCUUUGGCCAUUGUUUGGUACAAUCUCAUUUCCAAAUCAUGUAUAGUCUUUAUAGUUCCUAAGGACAAGAAUUAAAAUAUUCUUUUACAUAAAAUGAGU